AUGGACGAGAGCAUAUUCAACAACCUCGACCGGCUUGAACGAGCCGACCGCGCUGCGACGCGUCCAACUCGCGACGUGUAUAACAACUCCAGCACUGAAUACUCCGCAUACGAUGGGCCGAGCAUGGCAUACGAUGGCCCGGCUUCUCAUCGGACCAACCGCCCACUUGAAGGGUAUGAUCUCGACGAAGCGCCGAUGACUUUGGACUCUUUCGACGAGCAGCUACUGCGGCAGCCAGACUACAAUAGCCGACAAGGUCAAGCGGCCUUGGGCCGUGCCAGGCUUUCACUACCGCCGGCCGCACAUGCUCGGACGCAAGACUAUGCACCUGUACGACGCGGACUCGACUUGUCACGGUUCGCACUCGACCAGAGUCAGCAUGGGCCUUCCACGUCCUCGCCCAUGGAACCGGUGUUGCCAUCGAGCCCGAGUUUUAGAGCCAGCCAGCGGCAGCCAGCUCCAGUGGAGCAUGGAAGGUUGAAUCGCUCCCAUCAGCGGAGAAAGCUUCUAGAGGCCGAGUACGAUGAGGUUGGCUACGAGCCUUUCACAGCAGAGCAGCUGGACGCCGAGGAGAGCUACAUGAUGCCGCCGGCCCCUGAGAUCGGCUUUCGACCCAACUAUGCCGAACCACAGCAGAACAGACCACCGAGACAGAGCUCCAGGCAAGGCCCGGUUGUCCAAGGCAUUAACUUGGUGUCCACACAUGCACUUCCAGAUCGCUUGCGCGCUAUCUUUCCGUACCCGCUGUUCAACGCUGUUCAGUCCAAGACAUUUGACACAAUCUUCAAUACCAACGCCAACUUCGUGCUCUCAGCUCCCACGGGAAGUGGCAAGACAGCCGUGCUUGAGCUCGCCGUCUGUCGCCUGAUCAGCACCUAUGCCACUGACUCAUUCAAGAUUGUCUACCAGGCGCCCACGAAAUCCCUCUGCGCUGAGAGGCAGCGGGACUGGCAAGCGAAGUUCGGCACUCUGGGUUUGGAGUGCGCCGAGUUGACUGGCGAUACCGAUACUUCACAUCUCCGUAACGUCCAGCAAGCCAGUAUCAUCAUCACCACUCCAGAGAAAUGGGACAGCAUGACCCGAAAAUGGAAGGAUCACCAGCGUCUCAUGCAGAUGGUGAAGCUGUUCCUCAUUGACGAGGUCCACAUUCUCAAGGAAGACAGAGGCGCGACGCUCGAAGCGGUCGUCUCUCGCAUGAAGUCGGUUGGCUCUGAUGUUCGCUUCGUUGCACUGAGCGCCACUGUACCGAACUCAGACGACAUUGCUGCUUGGUUGGGCGGGGAUCCGAUGAAUCCUCACACGCCAGCAAUGCGAGAGCGAUUUGGAGAAGACUUCCGUCCAGUUCGAUUGAAGAAGCAUGUCUGCGGCUACCCGUCAACUUCAAAUGACUUUGCCUUUGAGAAGAGCCUCAGUGCUAAGCUGCCUGAGGUCAUCAGCAAGUGGUCACAACGGAAGCCGAUCAUGGUAUUCUGCUUCACCAGAGCGGCAUGCGGCGAGACUGCGAAGAUGCUUGCGAGCUGGUGGUCAACGAACUCGCCAAAGGACAGGUAUUGGUCAUCGCCUCGCAAGCGGAUCGUAGUCGGAGACAAGGAUCUCCAAGACACCAUUUCGUCCGGCGUAGCCUUCCACCAUGCUGGCCUUUCGAUGGACGAUCGCAAUGCAGUGGAGAGGGGCUACCUCGAGGGGGAGGUGAAUGUCAUAUGCUGUACCUCUACGCUGGCAGUGGGCGUCAACUUACCUUGCCACAUGGUCAUCAUCAAGAACACGGUGACCUACCAGGGCCCAGCAGCAGGCGGCUGUAAGGAGUACUCAGACCUCGAAAUCAUGCAGAUGCUUGGACGUGCUGGCCGGCCACAGUUCGACGACAGUGCUGUUGCGGUGAUCAUGACGAGGCAGCAGAGGGCGUCGCACUAUGAGAAAAUGAUAUCUGGGGAAGAGAUUCUUGAGAGCUGCCUCCACCGCAACCUGAUUGAUCACCUCAAUGCCGAGAUUGGGCUUGGUACGAUCAGCAGUGCUUCUUCCGCGCGGAAAUGGCUGUCCAGCACGUUCCUCUAUAUCCGCCUCAAAGACAAUCCAGAGCACUACAAGAUCGAUGGCGACGGGUCAAACCGCAACCUGGAGGACCGAUUGGAGAAGAUCUGCAGCAAUGGCAUCGCGGCGCUUGAAGAAUACGACCUAGUGCGCGUUGCACCCAGACUCAGGUGUACGGAAUUUGGUGAUGCAAUGGCCAGGUACUACCUUCAAUUCGAUACGAUGAAAGUGAUCAUGGCCCUGCCUGCCAAGGCAAAUAUCUCUGAGAUCCUGUCUGCCGUCGCACAGGCUGCGGAGUUCAAAGAAGUGCGGUUCCGGUCUGGAGAGAAGCCAAUCUACAAGGACCUCAACAAGAACACCUCGAUCAAGUUCCCGAUCCCCAUGACUCUGGACCUUCCGGCACACAAGAUAUCACUGAUCAUACAGUCGGUGCUAGGAGCCAUCGAGUUGCCGACCGAGGACUACAAACACACACUAGAGUACAAUACAGCAAAAGCCAGCAUCUUCCAACAUGCCACACGCAUCAUUCGAUGCAUUGUCGACUGCCAGCUCUAUCUGGAAGAUGUAGUCACAACCCGCAACGGUCUUAUGCUCGCUCGUAGCAUUGGAGCUCAGGUGUGGGACGAUUCACCCUUGCACAUGAAGCAGCUCGAAGGCAUUGGUCUCGUCUCGGUUCGGAAGCUAGCAAACGCGGGUAUCAUGUCUGUCGAAGAGUUGGAGAAUACUGAAGCUCACCACAUCGAACGAGCGCUCUCGCGCAACCCUCCGUACGGUCAGACGGUACAGGCGAAGGCGAAGGCAUUCCCGAAGCUUCGGAUAUCGAUCAAAAUGGUCGGAGAGCCUCACGUCAAGAAGGGCGAGCAUGUGGCCAUUAAGAUCAAGACCGAGAUCGGCUUCCUGAACGAGACAGUACCUGACUUUUUCCAGCGCAAGCCAGUUUAUAUCUGUCUGCUUGCGGAGACAUCCGAUGGCCACAAGGUCCAUUUCGCUCGCAUCAGUGCGAAGAAGCUGAGCAAAGGGCAGGACGUACUCUUCGAAGCACACUUGACGGAUCCAAAGCAGUCCAUUCGUGCGUAUGUCAUGUGCGAUGAGAUAGCUGGGACAAUGCGGCAUGCAGUGUUGACGCCAAACAUACUUGCAUUAUCCUUCCCUGCUCGCAAGAUGGACAAGGAUGCUGAACAGCGCAAGGCUGCUGAUGCGAUCGCACCGAACACAGCUAAGCGAAGAUUACCCGCCGAAACGAAAAGAGGUGUCCAGGACGACGAUGAUGAGGACGAGUUUGCGGACCCGGACCUCAAUGACACUGACUUCGCUGUGGCGGAGGCAGGCAGUUUCAUGGACAUCGACGCUUUCGAUGAUGCGCCAUCGAAAGGACCCAAGCCGAAGAAGCGUAAGACCACCGACACGCCAGCGACAGAUGAGAAUUUCGAGCCGCAGAGACUACCGAACGGGAAGUGGGCGUGCAAGCAUGCGUGCAAAAACAAGAACACGUGCAAGCACAUGUGCUGCCGCGAUGGACUUGACAGCAAGCCAAAGCCGCCAAAACCAAAAGGGGAGAAGAAGGACGCUUCGGAUGCGCCCGACCCAAAGCAGACACAAUUGAAGAUGUCAGUGGCAAAGAAGGCAGGCCCAUCGACACAGCCCGGUCAGUCAAACAGCAAAGUUCCGGCAACGCAGAGCCAGGCCAGUGUCAGGCCGAAGGCGAAGGCGAACGACUCGAUGGAAGCCCGCGACCUGGAUCGCUUACACAACAGCAUCAAGAGCAAGACCCCAGCUGUGCCGACUCUUGCUUCGCGUCAAUCCGGGGCCUCCGCCAGCGCGCCUCAACAGAAGGCAGGCAAGGCUCGCUUGAGCUUCGUCGAAGCCGCACGACACGCUGAGGACGACGAUAUGAGCGACUAUGGGAAUGAGAGCUGGACAUCCAACGACCUGCCGGACGUCAGUAGUCUUGCUCCGACACAACUGGGCGCUCGCAAUGGCGUAUCAGAUGGCAACGAUCUAAAGAUGAGCGGGGCAGGAGAUCGGUCUACCAUGGGCGAGGGCGAUGUUUCCGAGCCUCUCGCUGGCGGUGACGACGUCGAUGCUGCAGCAGACUUCGAUUUCGACUUCCUUACCAACGACUACAGCUUCGAAGACAGCGACGGCUGGAGAGACGAGCCAUCUCCGGAUGACCAGUCUACCAGGGACAAUCAGGACGCUACUUCGAAGCCGACGGUUUUGCCACGGACGUCCAAUGCCAUCUUUGUUGGAGAUAGCUCGGACUCAGUUGCCAACGCCUUGCCUACCGUCAAGAGUGGAGACGCCAAACAGCGUACCACGGAUGCUGCGCAAGAUAAGUCGAGCGACAGCGUCACCUUUGGCCGCCACAAAACGAGUCAGAACGAGGUCAUGUAUCAAGGGUAUCCGGGUCAGGUAGCUGGAGCAGACCGCGGCGUUGCACAUCAAACCGAACCGCCAGCAGCAGAUAAAGAGGCAGACGAUGCACUUGCAUGGUUCAAGGAGAAAAUUGGUGGAGAAGACAUUUUCAACUUCGUCGACUGA